AUGGUGAUCAAUGGCGGUGAUGAUGAUGAUGAUCUUGAACAACGAAGUGAUGGAACUAACACUGUUACAGUGAAUGCUAACGUCGCCGUCACGGACACGGACGCGGCAGACACCCACACGUUUUCCAUUCUUCCUGGAAAAGAUGGCGCCAUGUUCUCCAUCAACCCAUCGACUGGGGUGAUGACCAACGUCGUGGAACUCGACGUGGACAAGGGCCAAACGAACCAGCUGAAAGUAGAUAUAAAAGUCACUGACAGUGGCGGCAUGACCGACACGGCAGAAGUCCUCAUAACGAUCAACGAGAUUAACGACAACGAUCCCAUGUUUGACGCAACCAAUCCUGUUACACCUGCCCUCGUGUCUGUGGGACUGAGUAUGCCGUCAACGACGUUGGUUGCCACGCUGUCUGCAUCUGAUCUUGACAUCGGCGACAAGAGUCCGGGAGCACUGACAUACUCAAUGGUUUCCACAACCACAGGGUGUACUUAUUUCAGCGUAAAUCCAAACACGGGAGCUGUGACGUUGAAUAAACCUUUGGUUAAUACUCUCUAUGGCAAGUUGAUCUCUUGUGACGUCAAAGUAGAAGACAAUCGGGCGACUAUUCGGAGCAGUACACUACAACUUGAUAUCGGAUGGAACAAGCCGCCAAGUAUCAACAACCUGAAAGACCAAGUGGACGUCGUGGAGAGUCAGAAUUUCGCUAAAGAUCUUUUCACUGUCAAAGUCACCGACCCCGAGAAUGAUAAUUUCUUCUGCCGCCACAAAAUACCAACCAUACCUCCAGAUAUACCAUUUGAAGUACGCAAGAACGCUGAUAAAGAUUUUCACGUGUGGUAUACCAACAGCAAGCCUCUGACUCUGUCCCCGGGGGCUCCGACCCAAUACUUGGUGACGGUCAUAUGCGAGGACGUGGAGGGAGGGUCUGACACCAAGGACCUCAUAAUUAACGUCAAGAAGAACCAGCCCCCCACCAUGGACUGCAUGCCCAGCAAGGACUUGCCAUCCGUUGACGCUGGAGCCACCGGCGCAAACGUGGACAUCCACACCAUCAUUGCCACAGAACCUGAAGGUGACAACGUCGUCUUCAAACUGAACUCCAUCGCUCCAGGGUCGGCCCAGUUCACAGUCAGUAGAAGUGGCAAGAUUUCCACUACCGGCGACUUGAAGAUGGACACGUCGGGGACGACGUCAGUAACACUGGAGAUUGUCGCUGAAGACCCCGAGAAGAACGCUGGAACGUGCGUUAUCACCAUCCCGCUUACCAAUGUUAACGUACCUCCCACAAUGGACAACCUACCAAAGAUCCUGACAGUCCCAGAAACCCUGGCAUCCGGAUCCGAUAUUUAUACCAUCAAAAUGACAGACGCAGUUACGUGUGGACCUGGUAUCACCAUGAACUGGAAACUGGAAAACUAUCCCGAACUGUCGAACCUCUUUGACGUCACUGUCAGUGGAACAGAUGCUGUCGUCAAGCUGGCCCCAGGUAAGACUCUUAAUUUUGAGGAUCCUAUUUUCGCCGGUCAACCUCCUGUGCUGCAGUUCACGUUCACGGCCAGUGACGGCUGUCUCACCUCCACCAAGUCAGAACUCAGGGUUGAAAUCCAAGACAUCAACGAAGAUCCGGUCAUGCGCAAUGGAUUGAAAUACAGUGCCAAGUUUUACGAGAACGACACGGCUGUGAGCGUCACUCUGGGCUGCGACGUCUUUGACGUGGAUAAGGACGACAUCCUCAAGAUCACUCUGACUGGAACCAACGCAAACAAUUUCAAAAUCACAGACCCCGCCAACUGUGUCCUUACCAAAACCAAGGAACUCGAUCUUGACAAAGGGGCGAAGGCACAAUCCACAAUUCAAAUGACUGUCGAGGACAAAGGAGGCUUGAAAGUUGUUGCUGAUAUCGAUCUUGUCAUUUUGGAGGCGAACGAGCACACCCCGGUCUACACCACGCCCGCUGUGUCUUACACCAUCACCGAGGGUGACCCUGCUGGGAAGGUUCUGGGUACGAUGGCUGCGACAGAUAAAGAUCUUGCGAAAAGUCUGGACAGCACCCUCACCCACACUGUGAAGAGCGUAAGCCCCGCCACUGGCGACCAGUACAUUACCAUGGACUCCAAUGGACAAAUCAAAAUCAAGGAGCCGCUGGAUGGAAAGGUGGCCAAUGGGGAGACGUUCAAGCUGGAGAUUGAAGUCUGCGACCAAGGUUAUCCUAAAAAAUGCAGUCUUGGCUUUGUUGACGUCCAGUACAUUGUUCCACCUACAACGCCACCUCCCAUGACUCAGCCCCCCAACAAUAACAAUAACAAUAACAACAACAACAACAACGGCAACGGCAGUGGAAGUGGCAAUGGUAGUGGGAGUGGCGGCGCCAGCGGCAGUCUGCUGGACAAUCCGGGGAUUAUCGCCAUGAUGGCCCUAUUACUCGCAGCUGGAGCAGGGUUAGCUGCCCUUGGUAUUUUCGGUGCAUAUAAAUUAUGGAGCAGAGGUGCAUGCGGAAAGGGAAAAGCAAAAACACCCAAUCACUAUGAUGUCAGUGAACGGGCUGCAUCGCGCGGUUCUAACGGCGCCUCCCGGGGAUCGAACCGAAUUCGAGAUUCCACAGACAUUCAGAUGACAGAAGUUGAAACGCCGGCACCGACUACAACAGCUCCUAAAUAUGGACUGAGCUACAUGUAGAUUGAAGUCACAGAAACUUGCUUGCUGAUACGUCACGUGUAGAAUGACUUCACAGAACCUUAUUCAUACGUCAAAUGUAGACUGACGUCACAGAAACAUAAUCAGACGUCAUACUAAUUUAGACUGGCGUUAAUAAACUUUUUUUUCUGACGUUGCAUAUAGACUGACGUCACAAAAAGACAUCUAAUGACAGACCCACUUGUGUUUUCUUAGAGAUAUGAUUGUGUUAGCAACUUGUUUAAAGCUAAGCUGUUUGUGUAUUACUAACAUAUGGGGGAGAAUACAAUCACGAGGGUAGGGUUAGGAGUUUGACUAAUUAUGUCUUCAAAUGUUUUGACACUAAAGGUCAGUACAAAAGUUUUGCCAACAGUUUGCAUCAGGAGCCAAGAAGCUUUAGUUAGAAACAAGGCUAGGACACGCUUCAACAUGUGGCGCAACACGGUGUUUUCAUUGAAGAAAGAGAAAUGAUUUAGUGUGUGUACUAGCCUCUGAGUAUAGUUUCUGGAUAAUAUAGAGUGUGACUGUUCAUCUAUACCAAACACUGUGCAUAAAUCGCUAAAUAAAUUUCGGUAUUGAAAUUAAAUCAAAUUUCUGAAACGAA